AUGAACGUCGAAAUCCCCGGCUUCUAUUAUGAUCCAGAAAAGAAGAAGUACUUCAAGAUUCAGGCCAACCAUGUCGCGCCACAAGGUGCUCAGUACUCCAAAGAGACCGUCAAGCGCAAACGCAAUGAGCAACAGGAGCAACUGAAGCGGGCUCGAAUCGAUCAGCGAUUGAAUCGCGAGACGGUUCGUAAGCCGAGCUUUCUUCAUCACCCACUCAUGGCGGUUGAUCGGGAGCUCGGCUCCCGUUCUUUAUCGUCAGCUAUGAUGCAAGAACGACAAGCUCGUGUCUAUGUGAGUCAGUUGAAACGGAGAAAAUUGCACGCAUUCGAGCCCUGGCCGGGCCCUUUCAAUAUCCGGCAUGUGUUGAGGAAUCCCCGUUCGGGCGCGUUGAUUACUAGUAUCUGGUCUUCAUGGAAGCCAAUCUUCUGUCUCAAUCUGCUUUCCAGAUCACGAUGGAGACAAGUGGACGUAUCAUCAGACCAUGGAACGGAUCCUCUUGAGGGAAAGCUACAGGGUAAACCGAUACUCGAUGAACCACAGUGGCUGAGCCCCGAGACUGAAUAUAUUCAAACAGAUAUCUUCAAUCUCCCUCAGCCAUACCGAGCGACUAUGGACAGUGGACCCGAAGGAGACUCAUUCUUAGCUCCGCGACUACUUCCGAACCCCGAUGAAGGUGGUGACUAUCGUUGGCCCUCUGAAUUUCUCCAUCCACUGAAAAUACACACCACACAGACUCUCUGGUGCUCAGCCGCAUGUCCAGUCGGCGAAAAGGCCCUUUUCGCCAUUGGUACAUCCCACGGGUUGCAUACCCUUGAAGGCUUGACCAGCAUGUGGACCGUCUCACAAAAAUCCUUCUCCAGGGAAAGAAGUAGUGAUGCGCGAGGCUUCCGUCGACACGGCAAUGCUUCCCACGAUAGCGUGCAAGCUGUCGAAUGGCUCUCUUCAGAUGUGAUCGCGUCAGGGUUGCGUAACUCGAAUCUUUAUCUCUACGACAUUCGCAAUGGUGGAAGUGCUUUGCGACUGCAGCAUUCGCAGUCAGUCACCAAAAUCCGAAGAGUCGAUCCGUGGCGAAUCGUGGUUGGAGGUUACAAUACGGUGGAAAUGUAUGACUUGCGAUUUGUCGCAAAAGGCCUCCAGCUCAAGCCCAAGCCCAUGUCCGGCUCCCAUGUCCCCAGCCGCCCAUAUCUUUCCUUCCAAGAUUUCACUCCGGAAGAGAUUCCAGAUAUGGACGUGAGCGCCGAGUUGGGGCUUUUAGCUUGCGCAUCGCAUGACAGAAAAGUGCACCUGUUCUCUCUUCAAACAGGAGAGUCGGUGAAAUCAUCGCUCUCAAACUUUCAAUACAAGCGGCCCAUCACAAGUAUGUGCUUUGAAACGACCGAGGAGCCGAUGAAUCUACACGGACCCCAGACACCUAGCUUGUUGGUGUGCUCACAGGGCUCGGUCGACCAGUGGAUAUGGUGA